GCCCUUCCUCUUUACGCUUGCUGUGCGUGAGAGAGAGCGCAGUACUCGUAGGGAGUAAGUAAGCAAAAGCAAAGGUAAACAGCAUGAUUAAAAGAGCUGUCAAGAAAGAUAAAGCGAGGCGAGACACCCCUUAAAACUAGUAAGAUCCAUCGAGGUUAAACAGCACCGGCCAUGGCGGUGGUGGCUAGGAGUAAAGCGGCUGCAUGCAACUCCUGCAGCUAAUCGCUGUGGCUCACCUUGCAUGCACUACUCAGUAGUGGUGAAACUACAGCAGCCUACUGAACAACUUGCUAGCCUUUGCCUACAAUACCAUCUCUCUCUCUCUCUCUCUCUCUCUCUCUCUCUCUCUCUCUCUCUCUCUCUCUCUCCUUCCCAUGCUUCUCGCCGGAACAUAUAGCAUAAGAAUCUCCCGUGUCCGGGCAUCUUUCCUUUUCCUGCCAUAGGCCGUGACGGGAGCUUCUUGCUUGCGUGCUUGUUCCGGGCCGGCUAUCAUAUUGCCUGCCUAUGAAGCUCUCUGUCUCUGGCCAAUGGAGGAGCUACUUCUCCUCUAGCCUUUCUCGUCUCUGAUUCGUCCAUUGACCUUGGGUGACGUCGGCGCCACUUCUGCGCCCCGCGACUCCUCGCGUCUUGUGUGAGUGUGAGUGCUACAAGCAAGCGAUGGACAUGAACGAGAGCGGCGAGACAGGGAUGGAGCAGGGCAACGCGUCCUCCGGCGCCCCGGUGGAUUGGCAGACUCAAUUCAACGCCGCCGCGUUCUCGUGCGCGCCGCAGCAGGUUCCCAUGAUGGACUCCGCCUUCGCGUCCGCCGGCCUGUGGGCGUCCACCUCCCAAGCCAUGGCGCUCUCCGACGUCGUCGGCGCCAUGUCGGCCGCGCGGGGAGGCGGGUUCUUGGCGCCGGUGCCCGGUUUCCUCCCGCAGGGCCUCGGCCAUUUCGCCGUCGACUCCGGCUUCAUCGAGCGCGCCGCGCGGACGUCCUGCUUCAGCGGCGGCGGCGGCGGGGUGAUGGGCGCUAGCGCAGCUGCCUUCGGUGCGGCUGGUCAGACCGUGAACAACGCGUUCAGUGGUUCGUCAGAGGCGCUGCUGCUGGAUCACCAGAAGAAGGACGUCGUCGGCGAGAAGGGCGAGCCGGAGCUCGGCCGCGACGACGGGGUGCUGAGCCCGGAGGCUGCUGGUGGUGGGGACUGCUCGUCCAAGGGGACGUCGGACUCCAAGAAGAGGAGAAGGCCCAACGAGGUGGUGGGAAGCGAUCAGGUCCAGUCGGCCAACCUGCCCAGCGCCGACUCGGCGAACGAGAGCGUGCACAGCAUGGACAAAGGCGAGGAGAGCAGCCCGGCAACAACCACCGCCGGCGCCGGGCCUGGCAAGUCGAGAGGGAAGGGAGAGAAAGAGGUCCCCGAGUCUCAGAAGGAGGACUACAUCCAUAUCCGAGCCCGCCGCGGACAGGCAACGAACAGCCACAGCCUAGCAGAACGGUUGAGGAGGGAGAAGAUUAGCGAGAGGAUGAAGCUUCUGCAGGACCUUGUUCCUGGUUGCAGCAAAGUCACUGGCAAGGCGGUGAUGCUUGACGAGAUCAUCAACUACGUUCAGUCCCUGCAAAGACAAGUUGAGUUCUUGUCAAUGAAGCUCGCCACGGUGAACCCAAGGCUUGACCUCAACAUAGAAGGGCUUCUAUCGAAAGACCUUCUCCGCUUCCCUGGUGCUCCUUCGUCCUCCCUCGGGUUUCCCCCAGAAAUGAUGCACCCGCAGCUACUACAGCUGUCGCAGCCAGGCCGCCUGGUCCAGGGAGCCGCCGCCGCCGCCGCCGGCAUGGCCAAUCCGGACGUGUUCAGGAGAAUCAUGCAGGCGCAGCUGAGCGCGAAAGACGACAGCGGCGGCGCCUCUCAGUAUAAGCUUUUGGGUUUCUCGAGCAGAUGCUGCCCCACGGGUCGUUCGGUGGCGUUGCGCGGGCGGCGUACCCGUCGUCGUCGUCGGCCCUGGCGCUGGGGUCCCACGACUACUUGAGGAGCAUGAGCAGGGCGUCGCAACAGGACGUGUUUCAAAUCUGAGCAUGCCAGCUUGCACGUAGCAGCAGAGGCUUCCUUCUCCAUCUGGACGUCUGGUCGACGAACAUGCAGGCGCGCAGGGCCGGCGUAAGUGAUGCUGCUACUGUUGUGCUGUGCUGUGCUGUGCUGGGAGCAGCAGCGCUGCAGUUCUAGCCCAGCGUCACACGGCGGUGCGUCGCCCGGGUUUUUAUUGAUUGCGUUUCAGAAGGAACUGAGGAAAAGCUCGUGGAGUCCCCCCACCCCCGCGGAACGGAAGCGCUCGGACGGACGGACGGAGGGACGAGCGAUGCCUUUGCCUGCCUGGAUGGCUGGAAAUUCUGUCUGGGUGGUCGCGUGGUGCAUUCAUGGCUGGCUGGCGCCCAGUGCAGUGGCCAGUGGCAGUGGCAGUGGGCUGUGUGUUGGUAGCGAGCAAAUGCGCUGCUGCUGCUGCUGCUCCAGCUGCAGCAGGAUGUAACGCGAGGAGCCUUGGUUUCUGUUAGUAGUUUCAGUGCCUUUUUGGCUGCGUAUAAUAUAGUUUAAGGGUGCAAGAAACACUCGUAAAUUUCGGGGGCGGCCUGGCGAGUUCUCCUUGUGCCACAAAUCAAAGAAAAGAAGGGUGCUACGUACGAUCGAUCAUGCA